GAAAAACGGAGAUUUCCUUUUACAAUGUGAAAUAAUAGGCUUCCUCCGCAUUUUUUUUUUUCUUUUUUAUUUACUGCGUGUUGCGACACCUCUGUAUAAAUUUACUCCACGAGCGACGCCGAAGGCAACGAUAUAAUGUCAUAAAUAUUAAUAAGUUUCGUAAUUACGAGUCAUGUGGGAGGAAACGUGGAAUUGAGAUUGUAUCAGCAAUUCCGCUUGCGUCAAUAUCAAUCGCUCGCCACAGUCAAGUGACAAGUCGAAUCUAACGCGCUCAAAGCUCAAGCCGCGAGUAUGUUCACCGGAGUUUGUUUGUUCGUCGGCACGAUAAGCGCGGUAGCCGGCGUGUACGCGACAAUCAGCAGUAAGGAUAACAAUGUUACGUUGAAGUAUAUGAAAGGAGUUCAGGGGGAGAGCGAUUUACAUCUCUGUGAAUCUCACGAGGUAUGCAAUGUGGUCCACGACCUGUUUUGGAUGUCCGGUUUGACGGAAAGGCUGUGCCGUUGUCCGAAUGGGAGGAAGUGCCCGUGGCGGUGGACGAAAACCCCGGACAAUUCGUCCGCGAUACUCAACAACAGAUCGCUUCUGAAGUUCUGCACGCAAAUAGCGGAACUGGAGACAUGCGCGCACAGGCAGGAGGCGGUGAUAGUGCACGGAGAAGGCAAUACGAGUAACAGCUACUUAAUACCGCAUAACGUGACGGUGAAUUGCAGGUGCCCGCAGACGCAUUACUGGAAGUUGCAAAAAUACACGUACGAGGAGCACGGUCUUGUUCAAGUAUUCAGGUGUGUCAAGAAGAGAAUGUGCGAUACGUUGGAAUUUUGCGGUUACAUACGAACUGACCUGUAUUCGACGUAUUACCGAUGCACAUGCCCGGAGAGGCACUUAUGCAUUUUCAAUACUGAGGAUAAGACCGAAGUAAACGUGCAGGAGUUACUCUAUUCCGGUCCCGCAUACAUGGCUUACUGCUAUCGCUUGUGAAGGUAAACAAAAGGCGCUCGUGCAAGAUUCAACGAGUCCGAACAAAGCCGUUAGUAGCGUGCUUGGCUAUAAUACUGUGCAAUUAUGUGCGAAGUAACGUAUGUAGCGAAACUGGGCGAGAAUAUACUUGCAAUAAUAAAUGUAAACAUCGACGCGAAUGCCCGUCGUUAAAGUUACAAUCGAGAAGCAUUGCCGUACG